AUGCUCACACACGUAAGAAUUAUUGAAGGUCAAAUCACAGCUUAUCCAUUUUUGAAAAUUCUUCCGAAGAAGUCGUAUGUCGAUCUCAUGAUACAGGCUGUGAACACAAUCGUAACGAAUACCGAGCUUCAGCAUGUUAGUCGUAGCCUCUUCCUACUCCAACUUGGGGAACGGGUAGAAUCUGCGUGUCUUGUCUGGCGAAAACAGAAUGUAGGAAUUAUUGAUGAGAUGGGUAAUGUGUACAAAUUGUAUGCUGACUUCUUUACGGCACCUACAAGGAAACACGAACAUUUCAGAGAGAUGUGGCUCCGAGCUCUUCAAGUGAAUGCGGAAAGUGGUAUCAGUUUGGACCCUGAAUGGCCUAAAUGGAGCAACCAGAUUCGCAUGGUAGUCGGUCAAGAGCUCUACCGAAUUCUCUAUGAUCACCUCACUUUCAAUACUCAUGCUAUGAAACCCCCAAAUCCUGACAACCAACAUCCGCGUCAGGACGCCCCAGUUUUAUUUGAAGUAACCUCUGAUGAUCCUGGUGCGGCUCGUUAUGAAAUUCGGGUGCAUCCAAUCCUACUGAAGUGGUACAAGGCGAGUGGUCGACAUGCUUCUCUAGUCUUCAAUCCCACUGAGCUACCAAUGCUUUGUCCUCCAUUGCCGUGGGUUGAUACCAAACAAGGUGGUUACCUUCUAUCUUCAAGUGACUCAACCCGUUUCAUACGAAAAACGACCUACUUCCCAGGUGCAGAUGCAGCUGCUGACGAUGAUUUAGACUUUGAUAUUUCUACCAUUCCUCGCGUUCUAGACUCUCUUAAUACUCUUGCAGCAUGUCCUUGGAAAGUGAAUCAACCGAUUUUAGAUGCAAUGCUAUUGGUUGCUCGAGGUGGGGGUGAGAAGAACUUGAGUAUGCCCGAGACCAAAUCUCUUAUUCCUGUUCCACGGAGGGUGUUUGAUCGCUCUCUUCCACGCGAAGAGCGAAUUGCGGCGUAUCGACAGUUUAUAAAUAUUCGGAAGAUUCACGAUGAAACUCGCUCCCUAUGGGCGACGGAGAUGUAUCGAUUAUCGAUUGCCAAUGAAUAUCGAAAUAAGGUCUUCUGGUUCCCGCACAGUAUGGAUUUCCGUGGACGUGUAUAUCCCUGUCCACCCCAUUUUCAUCAUAUGGGUGAGUCUAAUGCUCUUAAUUAUUUUAAUUAUAUUAUUAAUUUAAUUAAAUAUUGUGCAGAAGAUUAUUUCAGUACAUAUCCCAAUGAGAAUGAAACCAAAUUCCGUGGCGAUUCGCUUUCACUAGGCUAUCCAAAACCCCAUCAAGUUUGUAAUGGAACGCCAUUAUUUCAAUCAACAUGUCUUCUUCUUCUUCUUCCCUCCUUUAUAAAUUCACUCAAUAUGCUCUCUCUCCCUCCCUCCCUCGCGUCUGCCAAAAUGGAUUUCCUCUCUCGACCUCUCUCACUGGCUUAUUACCUUCCGGUGACUUCCGGUAGUGACAUCGCACGGGGUUUGAUUAUCUUCGCAAAAGGACUUCCUCUUGGAGAAAAGGGUCUUCGGUGGCUCAAAAUUCAUCUUGCUAAUCUCACCGGCAAAGUUAAACGAUCUUCAAACGACGAACGAGAGGCUUACACUGAAAGUAUCUUAAAUGAGGUCAUUGAUUCAGCUGAAAAACCGUUUGACGGACGAGGUUGGUGGCGUGAACAAGAGGAGCCCUGGCAAACACUCGCCUGUUGUCGUGAACUGACAGCCGCCUUGCGCCACCCAACAGGUCCAGCUGACUACAUCAACCACUUCCCCGUCCAUCAAGACGGUUCCUGCAAUGGUCUCCAGCACUACGCCGCCAUGGGGAGAGACGAACGCGGUGCUGCCUCCGUUAGCUUGGAAGACUGUGAACGACCUCGCGACGUCUACACUGAUGUCACUGAAGUGGUUGAAGCCCAACGCAAAGAGGACGCUGAUGCAGGUGUUGAGAUCGCAGCUAUCCUGGAAGGUGCAGUUCAACGUAAAGUAAUCAAGCAGUCUGUGAUGACAACUGUCUACGGAGUGACCCUCUACGGUGCUAUGGCACAAAUCAAACGACAGCUGCGAGAACUGCCGACAUUUCAGACUCAAGCUGGGGCUGAUGCUGACAAACGACUGGGUCCGGCUUCUGCCUAUCUUGCCAAGCUGACUUUGACGAGUAUUGGAAAGAUUUUCACUUCUUCCGCGGCAACACAAGCCUGGUUCGCUAAGGUACGUGGUGCUUUUUUUUCUUGA